AAGCAGUGGGAGUGUCCUACUGAACCACUGCAUAUUCAACCACCACCAUUAUAAUUUUGAGAUCUUACUUUCUGAGCUUCAAACUAUCCGGCGCAACGCUGAAGCUGAAGCUAAACACUGAACGUCUGUGCAGAGAACAUCUUGAUCCACAUUUCAUAACUUGUGCAUUAACAGCCCAGAAGUUGCCACUGGUGAUGGGGGAUGUCAAGAAAGGAAAGAAAGUGUUUGUGCAGAAAUGCUCCCAGUGCCACACGGUGGGAAAGGGGGAGCGCCACAAGGUGGGGCCCAACCUGUAGGGACUGUUUGGAAGGCAGACAGGGCAAGCACCUGGCUACUCCUAUACACAGGCCAACAUUGAUAAAGGUAUUGUAUGGGAUGAAGACACUCUGAAUGUUUACCUAGAAAAUCCAAAAAAGUACAUUCCAGGCACCAAGAUGAUCUUCAGUGGCAUCAGAAAGAAAAAAGAGAGAAAGGAUAUUAUAACCUACCUAAAGGAAGCCACCUCUGAAUAGCACACACAAUGCAGAAUGCACAGCCAGAGACGGGCACAAUGCACUGCACAUCUAUGGAUAAAACUAAGUGUUCUCUUGAUGUAUAUGUUUAUCAUCACACAAGUCAGACAUCUUUGAAACUUUGCAGUCAGGGCAUCUGUGAGAGCUUUUUUUAUUUUUGUUGUUUUACAGCCACUUAUGUGGCACACAAACUACUGCUGAUCGAUGCUUGUGUGGAACAUUGUUAGAACUUUGUUUUCUGUUAACGUUCACUGUUCAUAAGUGUUUUCUGUUUAGAUGUAUGAAAUUGGGCAGGCUUUGUGUAAGAGGUUUUUAAUCAUCUUUUCAAACCACUGGGUGUUACAGACUUCAAUCGUUACAGGGCUGCACUUUACUUUCACUGAAUUCAUUUCUGCUUUUGUUUCUGUUCUUUGUUUUUUUAUGGAUUGUAUGGUCAACAAAUAGAUUGCUGUUGUAUCAAAAAAAGAUAAGAGAAUAAGGAACAAUGUAAAGUGCUUAGAUUAAUUUAACAGGCCUCAUUCUUUAUACUGAGUUGGCAUGCUAUUUUACAUUUGCCAAACACCAUUGACUUUGACCUUGUAGUGUUUAGUUAAUCUUAUAUUAAA